UUAAUCCGUGGGGUUACGGUCAGAACGGGAACAAUAGCUAGUUACACCUGGAACAGGGCUCGAUAACCGCGAGGAAACGCUGGUUUGAAAGCGACAGGUUUUAUGGAUGAAUCAUCUAAGUAAUCCAAGCAAUUUGAUAAUGAGGUUACUGACUAAGGUUAACAUUAGCAUUCAAAUGGAUUGCAAGUGAUUUGUCAAUCUGAUACCCAGCUAGUUUGCUAGCUAACUCUUAAAAUCGAAAAUCGCAUUAACUUUAUCCACUAAGUAAAUAGUCAAGAUUUUUGCUACACGGGACAAUCACCACUUCUCCGUUUUCUAUGGUCCAUAUCAAUUCGUGACAUUUUGACACAGAUUAACGCUGUUAGUGUUAGCAAUCGAACCUAAUCAAAUCAAACCUCUCGGGAAGAAAACAAAUCUCUAUUCAUUCUCAUAACUUCAAGACGGAGUAACCAGCUGGCGCUAAAAACUAGCUAGUAAAACUAGCUCUUUAAACUUGGUCCUGAGUGGAAGCCAGACGGAACUAACAUGUCUGGAAAAGACAAAGACAAGGAGAACGCCGGAGAAAAACAAUCUACAACUGAGCGGCUCGUAAAAGCCGUGCCGUACCCUCCCCAGCAGCGUCUCUCUAUGAAGGAGCUGUUUGAGGAUGGCAAGCCCAACACAGAGACGCUCCGCACCCACCUAGUGAAGGAGGGCCGGCUGGAGGAAGAGGUGGCCCUCCGGGUCAUCAACGACGGCGCCAACAUCCUGAGACAGGAGAAAUGCAUGCUGGAGGUAGAGGCACCCAUCACAGUGUGUGGAGAUGUCCACGGCCAGUUCUUUGACCUAAUGAAGCUGUUUGAAGUGGGAGGCUCGCCCAGCAACACACGUUAUCUGUUCCUCGGAGACUACGUAGACCGAGGCUACUUCAGUAUUGAGUGUGUGCUGUACCUCUGGUCACUCAAGAUCAAUCACCCGACCACACUCUUCCUCCUGCGAGGGAACCACGAGUGCCGGCACCUCACAGAGUACUUCACCUUCAAACAGGAAUGUAAGAUCAAGUACUCAGAGCGUGUGUACGAUGCCUGCAUGGAAGCCUUUGACUGCCUGCCACUCGCUGCUCUCCUCAACCAACAGUUCCUGUGUGUACAUGGUGGGCUCUCACCAGAAAUCAACUGCCUAGACGACAUUAGGAAAUUAGACAGGUUUAAGGAGCCUCCAGCAUUCGGCCCUAUGUGUGACCUGAUCUGGGCUGACCCAGGAGAGGACUACGGCAGUGAGAAGACAGCAGAACACUUCAACCACAACUCUGUUCGAGGCUGCUCCUACUUUUUCAGUUACCCGGCAGUAUGUGACUUUUUGAUAAAUAAUAACUUGCUGUCGGUAAUAAGAGCACACGAAGCACAGGAUGCAGGGUAUCGGAUGUACAGAAAAAGCCAGACUACAGGCUUUCCAUCAUUAAUUACAAUCUUCUCAGCACCAAAUUACCUAGAUGUAUACAACAACAAAGCUGCUGUGUUAAAGUAUGAGAACAAUGUGAUGAACAUUCGGCAGUUCAACUGCUCCCCCCACCCCUACUGGCUGCCCAACUUCAUGGACGUCUUCACCUGGUCUCUGCCCUUUGUUGGAGAGAAAGUGACAGAGAUGCUGGUGAACGUGCUGAACAUCUGCUCAGAUGAUGAACUCAUGUCAGAAGGAGACGACCUGUGUGGAGAAGACGGUGGAAUCCCAGCAGUGCGCAAGGAGGUGAUCCGGAACAAGAUCCGAGCCAUCGGGAAAAUGGCCAGAGUCUUCUCUGUUCUCAGCUAUUCAAGGCUUCUCUCCCACGAGGAAGAUCAAGGACUUUGCGGAGGCGCAGAGCCUGGACAAAGUCAACGAGAGGAUGCCCCCACGCAAGGAUGGCCAGCAGCCGGUCCACCCAAACGCCCCCAAGAAUGGCACAGACUAGGCCCGGAGAGUGACCCCUCUCUCAUCCCCACCAGACCCAGGCCAUGGCCCUGUCUCAUACACCAAAACUAUCUCCUCUCGCUCUCUGUUUUCUAUCUCCCUCCUUCUCUCUAUCUCUCCCUCUCUCUAUCUCCCUCUAUCUUUCUUUAUUUCUCUCUCUCUGUCCCAUUGUGACUCUUCACCCAGCUGGCCUAUAGUUGGACAAGCACAGGACAUGUAGGUAGGGAAGACGCGACCACACUGGGAGAAUGGUUUCAGCCACCACAGAGUACAACCA